CGAAAGGCUAACGUUCAUCCGUGACAUAGUCUAUCAGCAUUCAGCCCUCAUUGACAGGCUAUAUCUCCAAGGGCAUUGCCCUCUGCGGAAAAGGCAAUGUCCGGGACGCGAGGGUAGCAUUUGAUGUCGCAUCCAUGUUCACGAACCAAGAUUCACAAUCCAUUCAUUUUCUUCUCUUGAUCAAGGCCAUUGCCCUCUUCAAUGCAGAUCAACAUGACGAAGCGAUGCUGCUACUCAAAGAGCUAGCUGCCGCUUGUCCGAAUGUUGAUACACAUGCGCGUCGUGUCGUAGAAGCAUAUCUACGCGUUCAGCUUGGAACCAGGGCCUUGGAUAGCGCGCAUCAUGACGAAGCCACUGACCACUUCACCGCCGCCGUUGACUCUAACACUUUCCCAUCAACAAUCAUGUUUGGGCUAUGCGAGGACUUGAUCGUACUCUUCGGCUGGGAUCUCGAGUCCUUCUGGCUCACUACACACCAGAAACGCUGUCAGGCUUUCCUUUUGGCAGGUAAAGUCGAAGAAGCCCUUGAAUCACACCAACACAUGAUGGACGCCAUCGACGAAACUGAGAAGGCUAGCUGCCUCGAUUGGUCCAACGGCAAGGUUUUAAUAAUGCCGCUCGACUGUGCGCUCGCUGCUCAUGACGACCGUAUUCUUGGCGCUGAGAUUCCGGGGCAAGAUCAAGAUGGCUAUGAUGCAGAACCUGAUUUCUUCCGGGGCAUGCAUGGUCAUUCUCAAAUUUCCAGACCACGACCUCAGCAGCGCCCGGGGCGCUUAAAGAAACUCAGGCUCGCUAUGACAAGGAAUCCUCGUCCAGUUCCUCCACCUCCACCUGUACCCGCACCAGCACCGCCCACCGCCUUACCACUUGCCGCUACUCAUACGACCUUCACAGCCCACGUACAACACCUAUUUACCUGGCGACCCGAUCACGCAGCACCACCCGUCGUUGAAGUUCCUUUUGCGCAGGGUCGAAAGCGUAAUGCUGCAGCGGGUGCUCCUGCUGAUGACGAUCCAGACAUUAUACGUGCUGAAUAUCUCGAUGAUGGUCCACAGGACCCAGAUACGCAACAACGCAGCACCCAAGAGCAACAGCAACCAGUAGCAACGCAGGUAGACACUGGGCAACAUCGAAGUGGCAAAUCAUGUUUCUGCUGUUAGCGGCUUUCUUGAAUGUUUUUGGGUAUUUCAGAUCUGUCAUUGCUUUUGUUUGUUGCGAUAUCUACAUUGACCUGAAGCAGUAUCUUUUUGCCAUACCCUUCAGAUUUCUUGUUCCUAUUCAUCGAGGUUUGAAUUUCCCUCGUGACGAUGUUUUAUUCACAACUAUCGUUGUACAUUCCCAAUCGUAAACAGGCAGAUGUGCAACAGAUGUUCCUCAGCCACACAUAGGAUGGGUCCAGGGCGAAAUACAAUACAUAUAGGCAAUCAAUACA